AGGAACUCUUUUGUGGGGAUCAUUUAGCCUGGAGAGGCCACCCUUGCUUUGCUGCUAAACGCGAGUAGGCCAGCGGCAGCACCGACAGAAAAACAGCAAAGGCGCGUGCUGCGUCCCUGCCACUGAGAGUAGUAACACCAUCACUGAGAAAGAGCACGAGGCCCGUUGGCAAGGAAAUCUAGACAGCCCUCGCUGAUCGAGGUGCACAUAUCGCCCGUAUCGAAAGAAAAAGAGUAGUAUUCAACACCUGCUUGUAGGAAUAGAGAUAGUAGUUCUUCCCACCGAGUAGAAAAGAUAAGUCUUCGCAUUUCUCAACUGCAGCGAGCUGGGCAGAAACAGCAACAGCGAAAAUGCAAGCUCGCCGCAAUAGUAUGAUGCGUCGAGUGGCGCGUCGCUACGCCCGCGUGCCGGGCCAGCACGGUGAUGCGGCGCCGCCAGCCUUCUUCCCGGUCGCCAUCAACCCCGGGUGGUGGGGACAGCCGUUUGCAAAGGUCAAGGACGCAAAGUACCACCUCAUAUUCGCGUACGUCUUUUGCUUCCCAAUAGUGUUCUACUGGACCUUUGAUGUGACCCUGGGGCAGCGCACCCGCAUUGCGCAGGUGGGCAAGCGUGCUAUGGCGUCUAACUUCCUCUUUAGGCAGCUUGACCUCGACGACCCCGACCACGCGAUCAAGUACGAGCACCUGCAGCAGGAGGUCGCAGAGAACAAGUUGGAUGUACGCUGGGGCGGCACGAACUUCCUCGCCAGCUACCUCUGGGAGCCGGGAGAUCCGGAGCCGGAUAUUCGCCGCAAGGAGGCUCCGGCGCACCAUCACUAA